GUGUUUUAAACAAAUAGUAAAUCAACUAUUUGUAAAACGUUUAUAAACAUUAUAAGUGGAAUAAACUUUGCAGUCUCAAUGGCAACAAAGGAAAAAUGUAAAAUGAUGGCAACGCGAAGGUGGGUUUUGGCGAUAGUCUUUACCACUCUACUGUUCCACGUGUUCUUGAUCACCUACAAGUGGUCCGGAAUUAUUUCAAACCAGGCAAGUGUAAGGAUACGAGUGCAUUCGCCGAAAGCUACAUCUGUACUCGGAGAGGCUGGAAUGGCAUAUUCACCAGCCGCUGACGGUACUAAUUCAAUAGACGCAAUCACGAAAGAUGAUCUCAAACAUAUUAAAGGCAAAUUCUCUAACACGAAGUCUCCGUUUAUUGAUCCAAAGCUUAAUAUUAAUACGUCUGAAGCAUUCAAUCUGCAUAAUAUUUUAUGGUGGAACCCACCUAAAUGGAUGAACGACUGGAUUGAAGAAACAGACGAACGCCGGUGUUCAUAUACAAACUGUAGGGUAACUACGGACAGAACGACCCUUAAAGGAAGCAGUGCAGUGGUAUUUUCGGUUGCCAAUACAGGUAUGGGGAGUCGACCCCCUCUCACCCCAAAUGAGAGAAAUCCAAACCAAGCUUGGAUAUUCUACACAUUGGAGUCUCCCUAUAAUAUUGUGUGGAAACAAGAACAUAAACGCACCGAAUGGUUGAACGUGUUUAACUGGUCUUGGACGUACAAACCGGAUUCAGACAUCUUCCAUCCAUAUGGUAUAUUGCAGACAAGAGAUAGGCCAUUACAGAAAAACUAUAGCGAAGUUUUCAGAAAGAAGACGAAACUAGCCGCUUGGGCGGUAAGCCAUUGUGGUGCUGUAAGCGAAAGAGAUAGAUAUGUUGAAUUAGUAAAUAACUUUUCAAAUCACGGGGAUGGGUCUAUUGUUGACAUAUUCGGGUCAUGUAAAGGAGCAUUGUCUAAACCAAGUGAAAACCAGUUCGAGAAAAUUCUUGAUGAAAAUUAUAAAUUCUAUCUCGGGUUCGAGAAUUCAUUAUGCCCGGAUUACAUUACCGAAAAGUUCUUUAUGAACUAUAAACGAGACGUUAUAACAAUCGUCCGUGGUAUGGGCGAGUAUGAAAAAUACUUUCCAAAAGGGUCUUUUCUCAACACAAAAUACUUCCCGAGUCCGGAAGACUUAGCAAAAUUCAUAGUGAAUCUCGCAGCGGACGAAGAAAGGUUCAUUGAAUACCUUAAGGUGAAAGACAGAUUUUCUGUAGAAGAACGACGAUUUAUGUACCAAGACGCCGUAUGUAGCAUAUGCCAUAAACUCAACAACAUUGAAGAAUACAGAAAGACAAUUGUUGAUUUUUUAGAUUUUCUUGGAACAUGUGUUCAACCAAAGGACGUAUAGAAUAUUUAUCAUUAUUAUUUAGGCAUCAUAAACCUGCUAGCAAUACAUAUUGGAAAUACAUUUUUCUUUAUUCCAACUGGUACAAUACGGCUCUAUUUCAAUCUUUCAACGUCACAUCAUAACAAGUAUCAUUGGGCGAUGUUAUAAUGACGUCUCAAAACAAAGUGUUCCAAUAAGAUGUGCUUUAAUAGUUUCAAAGUUUCAAAGUUAUUGGCAAUCGACAUAAUUUGCCUUUGGCCAUUCACAAAACAAUCAUUUUAUGGCAAAGACAUCGUCCCAGGAACAGAUAUUCAAAUAAGUUACAUGCGUAAUAUACUAAAUUAUGAUAAUGAUAUUGUAAAUUGUGACAAUUACAUGUGUAAAGUAUAUAGUAUGUGCUUAUAUGCUUAGUAAAUGAGUCUAUAUAUAUUGUAUGUAAAAAAUCAAUGAAAACACAGUAUAUAUUUAAACUAAAUAUGUUGACUGUACGGAUGAGAAUUUCUAAGAAGCAGCUUAAGUUUUUAAUUAAUCUUCUCUUUCAAAGCAUGGUACAAAGCAAGUUGUUAACAGUUUUCCUAUUUUAACUACAAAUAAGGUACCUAAAUGGUAUACUGACAUGUCCUCAUGACAUUUAUACCAGUAAUGUAUAUAUUUUACCCUCGGCCUUGGGGUUUAUAUUUUAAUCUUUUGACUACUGAGUUUGUUUCUGUAGUUUUCUUACAUAAAUAUGGUAGUAAAAUGAUAAUAAUUAUUGCGUUUUGAAAUAUGUUGACUCUCGUGGAUUUUUUCAGAAUAAUAAUUUCAUUCGGCUAGUGGCGCAAGAGUCCAAAUUUGCAAAACUCCACUAGAGUUGAAUACAAAAUCCAGGAUCGAAACGCAGAGCUUAUAACCCAAUUCUAGCAUGCUUUUAUAAAUAUUAUGUAUUCCAUUCGCCCUGUGUUUGACUGCCUCCAUACAUGGGAAUAAAAUUGCCAAAUAUUGACGUGCACGAUGUAAUCCGUCGCUAUACAGUAACACGUUCAGAAGCGCCUGUGCAUGUUGGCAUGUCACUCAUUCCGGUCAACGUGACAUUUCAAAGACUGCUUCCGGCUCAUUGGAAAAUAAAAAACUUCCAUAGGUAAUCAUGUUAAGAUUAGUUAAGACGGCAUAUCAGAAAACAAUAAGCAAAAAUAUACAUAUAUAAGAAUGUGAUUAGGCAACAGUGAACUCAACUGAUUUUUAUAUGAAUGGAAGGAAUGUGAGGGUUUUGUCAUCACAGAUGUAUGGCGGAGGUACAUUGUUUCCCUCUUUUUUAGAUUUCAAUGACAUGCCUCUGCAUGUCUUAAAAGGUCACUGAAGGUUCUUCACAAGAACGUUUUUAAGUAACUUCUAAUUCUAAAUAGCAACUUAUUGUUCCAUUAUGGUUCAAAGAUAUAAAUGUUUUACCUAUUCUUAGGCUUUAUCUUCGUCCAUACUUUGUAUUUUUGUCUUGUCGGUUUUGAGUUUUCAUGAUGUCUGUUAAAGAUUAAAUCUCGUUUUCGUUUAUUCAAUCAUGAAUUUGAUAACUCAUAAGUUGACAAUA